AUGGAAAUUCUUAAACAGAUCUCAGUCAAUAUUGAUCAGGCCUUUAUCUUAAAACAUAUUGAUUCUAUUUUUUCGAAAUUUUAUACGCUUUAUUUUUUAGAAGCAGCGGCACAAAAGCAUCAAAAAGAUCAUGGCCAAUAUUAUACACCUCAAUCUGUCAUUCAAUUCAUGUGGGAUAAAUGUGCCUCGAUGCCUACCCUAGUUCAAUACCUUCAAAGAGAUCAAAUGCCUCGCGUGUUUGAUCCAUGUUUAGGCAUGGGAUCAUUUCUGUGUGAAUUCUUGACACGGUUUAUCAAAGCGUGCCGAUUUUCUAUUGUUUGGAACGAUCCAGACCGGUUAAAGUCGUUGAUCACACAAGAUAUACCUAAUCAUGUGUGGGGCAUUGAGCUUGAUCCGUUUGCUUAUCAGCUCUGCAAAAUCAAUACCAUGGUCCAAUUAUUUCCUCUCUAUGAGCGUCUUAAAGAACUUGGAGUUAAAUUAGAACCUGCAAGUAUUCAACGCCUUCGAUUGUUCUGCAACGAUAGUUUAAAAAUGCGCGUCGACACUAACCCUUUCUGGGAUACGAACACCAGUCAAGUGGAUUUGUUUGAGCAGAAUUGUUUAGAUCUAUUACGUGAUGCUUCUCAACUGAAGUUUGAUUAUAUCGUCACGAAUCCGCCUUAUAUGAUUAGGAAGACGGGGUUUAUUACUCAACCUGAUCCAGCUAUUUACGACGAAACCAAGUUAGGCGGAAGAGGUUCGCAAGCAUAUCUUUACUUUAUGUGGAUUGCCCUUCAGCGAUGUGACGAUCAAAAGGGCCAAGUUUGUUUGAUCACACCUAGUCAAUGGACUGUACUUGAGUUUGCUCAGCAUUUAAGGGAAUGGAUUUGGGACAACUGUAAAUUGUUAGACAUGUACGAAUUUGAACCUUACAAAGUGUGGCCCAAAGUGCAGACAGAUUCUCUCAUUUUUCGUGUUUGUAAACGCAAUACAACAUUAUUAGGUACUGAUUUCACAUUGUACCUAAGACACACAUCAAGAAAAAUCUCUCUUCAUGAACUUUUACAUGUCUAUAAUCACUUUGACAUCACUCAAGGGUUAGACAAUGAUCUUAAAUGCAAACAAACAUUCUUGAAUGAAUCGAAUCGUAUCCUUACAUCUAAACAUGCAUCUUUUGCUUUUAUAUUACCCAAUGCAUCUUGUUUAGAAGAACUCAACAGUAUAACACAACAUUUACCUCGUCUUUGCGAUGGCGAAAUAUAUCGUCCAGAAUCAACUUCACAAGAUGUACCUCUUGUUUGGAAUAGAGGACCCAAUACAAAUCCAGUUUAUUCUCUUGUUGUCAGGACAUCAUGGGCAAUCAAAACAUUUGGUGUAGCCACUUACAUUCGAUGGCUUAGGCCUUGUUUCUAUUGGAAUGGCAAAACGAUCUCUUCAACUACAGCAGGGGGGAAAGAAGGCGAAUUUUGGAGAACAAGAGAUCCUUUACGACUAGCUAAAAAAGAGAAUUCGGCCGCUGAAGCUUAUUGGCCCUAUUGCAAUAUCGAUCCCGAAAAUCCAACACUUCCGUUUUACUCCCUUAUUACAGUAAACAAAGAAGACGCUGACACAUUGAAGUUAGAUCAUGACAAACAUGGUGCCAAGUCAGAAUCAGCAGCACUUUAUUACUACUUGAAAGAAGCUCGAAUUGCUUUACAGCCAGACAAGACUACAGCUGAACUUGCUUUUUGUCAAUACAAUAAGUGUGGCACCAAUGUGCCUGUCAAAAUUGUCCACCCUAUCAAUUGUGGUUAUUUUACUCGCUCUCAACCUCGAUCUCGUUUUUUUGUUGAUACAUCAAAAAUGGCUGUUACAAACCAAUGUAUCUAUUUCACUAUCAAGCCCAAUUACCAGUGGCAGGACGCAAACUACUUUUGUGGCCUUUUAAACAGUACUUUGAUUCAAUUCUUUAUCAAAAUUCAUUGCUGUUAUGAUCAACAGGGUCGCAUGCGCUUCUUUGGUAGAUUGAUGGCAUAUAUUCCUUUUGCUCCUCCACCUUCAAUAGAAUUCAUGCAACAUAUUUCUAUGUUCGUUCAAGGCAUUACUGUUACACGUAAUUGGCUCUAUACCUUUAUUCGUCAUCUAGAUCAGGGACAACAAUUUAUGGAACGCAUAAGAAACUGUGAAUGGCGUCUUACAUCAAAUGAAAUAGAACUUUUGCAUCAUUUCAAACCACCUAAUGAUUGGAGACCUCAGACUGAUACGAAUCUGGCAAUUCUUAGCAAUGACUAUGCUAAUCUGCAAUGGAUCCAUACGUUUGUUACUCAAAGUUAUCAGGCUGGUAAUAAGAAUAUAGAGCAGAUUAUUGUUCCACUUUUGAAAAUUGCUUCCUUAUUUCAACUUGUUGUCAAUCAAAUGGUGUAUCAUUUAUACAAAAUACCAGAGCGUCUUCAAUUAGAAGUAGAACAAGAUUUGAACCUGACUAGUUUACGCAAAGAAUGGGAGUUUAGAAACGACCUUGAACUUGAUCAUCAAAACAUCAACGAUUCAGUCAAUCGCGUCUUUCAUAUUGCUAAAUCGUUCACUAAUAUUUAG